UUCAGCGGAUCCUCCCGCUCGUGCCAACAUCAUCAUCAUCACCACCACCAUCAUCACUGAACCGAGGCUGUAACGAGCACGAGCUUUUUCACUGCCAGCAAGACAAGGCUGAUAAGAAGGAAUCCGCUCUGCAUUAUUCCAUGCAUGUCGUGUUUUGGCUGUAGUGCGCGUGAGCUCGGCUCUGGGUCACGACGUGUGUCGGGUGGACGGAUUUCCGCGCUGGGACGAGGAACAAACAAAUGAACGACUCGGUGAGAUGUGUAGUGAAUGGAAAGAGAGACACGAGGGCUAAACUCUCCGCUUUUUAGCUGGUUAGAGCUGCUUUUUAGCAGUACGACUUACAUCAUCGUUCGUUUUGCUUUAACGUUUAACAUUGUCCUGUAACGAGCCUUUUCCCUUGUUGUUUUUGUGCAUGUCGUUAUGGGAAUGUGUGACCGCUGUCUCCGAUGUGCGCCUUUGGACAGCCAUGAGAUCAUUUCUGAACUAUUUUUCAGAUUUUAAGUCGUACCCACGGUCGUGUCGUGACUUUCGUUAGGAACGACUCUUUGUUUGUUUGUUUCUUUCUUUCGUUCUUUCUGGUAAGACAUUUCGGAUGAACCGCACGUGAGACGGACCAGUGGACACCAGUGACGCUUUCACCAUAACGUUGCUCUAAACGUGUCCUGAUAUGGUCAUCUGAUUGUUUUUUUGGAUUUUAGCUUUACUUUAAUACACAAAAGGACAAUCCAGGACCUCUUUGUUAGCCAUCAGUAAAUAUCUGGGAGGAGGGGAAGAAAAAAAACAAACUGUUGCAGCCCGACAAGCCGGUGGGAUUCAGAGUGCUUUCAUUCUCAUUAACGCUGUUUUUCAACGAGCACAAAAUGGCCAAUGACUCAAUCCAAAGUGAUCCGGGUGGGUUGUCUGUGCUGGAGCAGCUGGGUCUGGACCACGGCUCGGACUUUUCAGAUUCAAGCGUGCAGCAACGGCUGGAUGAGGAGCGUGAGAAGAUCCGCCGGGAGAUCCGCAAGGAGCUUAAGAUCAAGGAAGGAGCAGAGAACCUGAGACGUGCAACCACUGACAAACGCAAUGCCCAGCAGGUGGAUAACCAGCUGCGCACCUCCAACCGGCGUCUCCACUCGCUCCAUGCCCAGCUCCAGGAGCUUGAUGCCCAUAUUGUUGUCAAGGGAACAGAUGAGGCUCGUGAUGAUGUGCCUCGGUCUCCCGGCACAGAGAGCCGGGCAUCGGCCCAUCAGGAGCGCAUCGCCGCGCUGGAGAGGCAGCUCAACAUAGAGCUCAAAGUCAAGCAGGGUGCUGAGAACAUGAUCCCUAUCUACGCCAAUGGCUCUACCAAGGAUAAGAAGAUGUUGCAGACUGCCCAGCAGAUGCUCCAGGACAGCAAAACCAAGAUUGACAUCAUUCGCAUGCAGAUCCGCAAAGCAGUGCAGGCCUACGAACACAAUGAGGACAUACAAGGAAAGCCUGACCCAUGUGGGAUAGAGCUGAGGAUCGAGGAGCUGAGGCACCACUACCGGGUGGAGCACGCUGUUGCAGAGGGAGCCAAAAAUGUGCUGAGACUGUUGGGAGCCAGCAAAGUGCAGGACAAAAAAGCCAUGUCAGAGGCUCAGUGUCGACUGAGCGAGUCCUCUCAGAGGCUGGAUCUGCUGAAGGUGUCUUUAGACCAGCGCCUGGCCGAUCUGCCUGAGGAUCAUCCCAAAGCCUGUUUGAUCAAAGAGGAGCUCGUCCUGGCCUCCUCACCCACUUUCAGCUCACGUCACGGCACACCCUACCUGCACAACCAGUACAGCACAUUGUCCAAACCCUCUCCUCUUACUGGCAUGCUGCAGGUGAAGUUACUAGGCUGCGAGGGCUUGUUGGAGGUGGUUCCGGGUCGUAGCCGUGGCACCCCGGUGGUGUUGCCGUGCCACAGUCCCGGCGAGGCUCGCUCCUUCAUGCGCAGUGGGAAAGGCCUGUACAGCCGCAGCGGCAGCGUCAGCGGCAAGAGCACACUAAAAACAGAUGAGCUCUCCUCGGAGGUGAGUGCAGUGCUGAAGAUGGAUAACACUGUGGUGGGUCAGACAGCAUGGAAGACAGUCGGAGAACAUACCUGGGACCAAGCGUUCACUAUAGAGCUGGAAAGAUCUAGAGAAAUGGAGAUAGCAGUGUAUUGGAAGGACUAUCGCUCUCUGUGUGCACUGAAAUUCCUGAAGCUGGAGGAUUUCCUGGAUAACCAGAAACACACAGUUAAGCUGGAGCUGGAACCACAAGGCCUUCUGCUGGCUGAGGUGACGUUCUUUAACCCGGUCAUCGAAAGGGUUCCACGCCUUAAGAGACAGAAGAAAGUAUUCUCUAAGCAACAGGGUAAAGCUUUCCUGCGUGCUCGCCAGAUGAACGUUGAUAUCGGCACGUGGGUGCGGCUGUUAAGAAAUGCCAUUCCAACCGUUAACAAUACAGGAACCUACAGUCCCAAUGCAGCUCACACAAUACAGUCUGGGGAGAUUUCUGUAGAGAAAUUGAGCCUGGACUCUGAUUCCCCCAUGAAAGUGGAACUCAGGAGGGACAUGACAGAUGGACAGACACCGGAGAGACCACAUAUCAUUGAGCCAAGCUCUCCUCAGGACUCUACUACACCUCAACGACCCAACAGAACACACUCGCUCAGCAGUAAACAGAAGAAAACUCCACUGGCGCUUCAGGAUUUCAGGUUGAUCGCCGUGCUGGGCAGAGGUCAUUUUGGCAAGGUACUGCUGGCGGAAUAUAAGAAAUCAGGCUUGAUGUAUGCUAUCAAAGCACUGAAGAAAGGAGACAUCGUGGCCAGAGAUGAAGUGGAGAGCCUGAUGUGUGAGAAGCGGAUCUUUGAGAUAGUGAACAGCUCUAAGCACCCGUUCCUGGUGAACCUGUUCGCUUGCUUCCAGACACCGGAGCAUGUGUGUUUUGUCAUGGAGUACACAGCGGGAGGAGAUCUCAUGAUGCACAUCCACGCUGAUGUAUUCACCGAGCCACGGGCUGUGUUCUAUGCUGCCUGUGUGGUGCUUGGCCUUCAGUUUUUACACGACAACAAGAUUGUAUAUCGGGACCUAAAAUUGGACAAUCUGCUGCUUGACACAGAAGGAUAUGUGAAAAUAGCUGACUUUGGACUGUGUAAAGAAGGUAUGGGCUUUGGGGACAGGACGAGUACAUUCUGUGGCACUCCAGAGUUUCUGGCUCCGGAGGUUCUGACAGACACGUCCUACACAAGGGCAGUGGACUGGUGGGGACUCGGAGUCCUGAUCUACGAGAUGCUUGUUGGAGAGUCUCCGUUCCCAGGAGAUGACGAGGAGGAGGUGUUUGACAGCAUAGUGAAUGAUGAAGUCCGUUACCCACGAUUCCUGUCAUCAGAAGCGAUUGGCAUUAUGAGGAGGCUGUUGAGGAGGAAUCCGGAGAGGAGGCUGGGCUCUGGAGAGAAGGAUGCCGAAGAAGUUAAGAAGCAACCUUUCUUCAGGAAUAUGGACUGGGAGGCUCUUCUCCUGCGUAAACUUCCUCCUCCAUUUGUUCCCACUAUUGGAGACAGAGAGGACGUGAGUAACUUUGAUGAAGAAUUCACGACAGAGGUGCCCACACUCACGCCGCCGCGAGAACCCCGUGUGCUCUCACGCAAGGACCAGGACAGCUUCCGUGACUUUGACUACGUCUCUGACCUCUGCUGAGCUUCUGUCACGGUCGCAGAGAGGUCAGAAGUCAUGCAGGAGUUGUCUAGGAUUGUUUAUUUUUCCCCACUGUGAUAUACAGAAAGACGGUCAUAACCACUACACUGUGACUCAGCGAAGAUGAAGGGCUGCUGUUCAGGAUGGCUCGUGUGUGGAAGAGAAUCCAUGGAGUUUUACACUGUGAUGGAGGACAAAAGUGUCAAAAGACGAGAAAUGAGAUAGAAAUGUGGACUCUUUCUUCAAAUCUAACAUUUAUUCAUCUGCCAGGCGCUUUGAAUCAGAGCAACCUAUGAGUGAGCCAGAUUCCAAUCCAAGUACACAGCUAAGCAAGGUUAGGGGACACAGCAGUGGCUCUCGGAUAGUCCUGGGAUUUGAACUCACAACUUUCCAGCCACAAGUACAGAGUCCUAACCACUGAGCUACCACUGCCCAUUUGAAACAAGUUAAAAUAUAGUCUUUAUUGUCUCUCUAUCUCUGACUUUCACCUUACAGCCGUUCAGUAACAGAAGAUCCUCUUCCAUUCUUACCUGACAAGGUGUUUGGACGCUUUGAAACUCUUUUACAUUCUCAAAUGCCACGGGAAUGCCUUAACUUUAUAUGCUGUCCCUUUAGAAUCUUCUAGUCUAGAUGUAAGCAUGUUAGUUGAAAGAAUUGAAACUGAAAAAGAUCUUGUAAAUGGAUGGAGUGAUGUGAUGCAAGAAUUAUGACAUUGACUUGAUAUGAAAUAAUGCUAUAUAUAUGACAACAUGAAAGCUAAAAAGAGCAUAAAAUGUAAAGCACCAAGGCAUAGUGUGAAUUUACAGAAUUGGACUAUGCAUCAAAUACUCCAGAUAUAAAUGAAACUCUAUAUUAUACUGCAGUUAUAACACCCUGCACAUGGCAUUAUACCCCCACCAUUUUAACUAAUAUCUGAAAAAGAGAAAGAUUUAAAUCCAAAAUGAGUUUAAAUUAACAGCAAAUUUGGAUCCUGUGCUAAAGUUAACUCAAAAACUUGAAGCACAAAACCAGUGUAAAACCAGGCUCAUUAACCACCCCCGAAUCUCAGAACAGAUGAUGCUUUAGCUAAGGGGGUUCACCUCAGGCUUUCACAUGAUACGCUACGAUUCUUAAGGAAAUUAUACAAUAUUUGAUGAUACUCCUGAAUCUAGUAUGAUACGCUACAAUUCGAUUUAGUAGCCUCUGAUCAAUAUGUCACCAACUUGGUUUAGAAUCCGGGGUAUCCCUACCAUUAAUUCACAAAUGCUGAUGAUGAUGAUGCUGAUGAUGAUGAUGAGAGAAGGACUAUUUUAAGUAUCAGAGUUACGGGCAAAUCAACUUGCUAAACCUGUUUACACAUCAGUUUAAAAAUAAGAAUUCUUUUUUACACACCAGUUCUCUGUCUGAUUUAUGAUCAGUUAAAAUUCAUACUAAUUGAUUUGUGGUAGGUGCCCCAAUUCAUUUUAAUAGUUUAUAAAUCAAUGCAUUGAUCCAAAUCAUCCAGUCAUUACACCCCUAGCUUUAGCACAUACAAAUGUACUUUUAACUAAGAACAGUUUGAGAUUUAAAAAACAAAGUUAGGCCAAUACCUCUAAAAUUAUUUCAAUGAAGGAAUUAACUGGUUUGGAUGUAAAAUUGCUGUGAGUUUUUGCCUUUUUUUUUUCUUUUAAUGCAGGAUGAGUUUUUAGUUCUUGUGUUUUUUCUUUGUUUUAGGUGGGAAUAUGUAGCAAAUUCUUUUUAAAGAUCCUGAUCCUGUAUUGUUAAAUUUACACCCAUUUUAUAUUUCCCCUCUUUGGAAUCACUGGCUUGUGUAAUGUAAAGGGUUUUAUGUGUAAUAUGGAGUAGCUUUUGCAUAACACACAGAUAUGACUACACUGUGACAAACUUGUAGCACAACUUCUUAGUAGACCUUUUGCCUGCAGACGUCAUUAAUGUCUGUGCAUCAGCAAUCACAACAUCCAGACAGUAAAUCAGACUACACACUGCUUCUGUUUCCAGUGAACUGGAGGUCAGUAUGAAUCCUGUCUAUCCAAUGUACACUUAUUACACAAUGUUUGAGAUGAGCUCUAUUUAUAAAGAUGUGUUGUACAAAACUUU